AUGGAUAUCCGACCCGAUAAGGAAUCGUCUCAAAAUGAAGAUUUCUUGGAUGCAAAGUUCUAUUCAUCUUCUUCCAUCGAUAACUUAGCACAUGCCCGAAACUUAAGAAAUUCCAUUCUACUUUCAGAAAGCUCCAGAAGUCUCUUCGCGGACCGUUCUUUGCAUACUGAAGAAUACGAAGAGGAGGAGGCUCCAGAAAUCGACAUUGAUGAUAUCAACAAGGAGAAUGAAACCCAGACAAAGGCCUUAAAAAUAACUGCAUCUCCAUCUCUUAGCGCGCUAUCUGGGAUUCUCAACGAGAAAUCUAAGCAAGCCGAGCAGAGAAUGAGAUCGAGCAUGAUAUUUGAUACAUCUAUUCAAGAAGAAGAUGGUGAAGAGGAAGAGAGUUCAAAGACUAGCAAUUAUAAAGUGAUAUCUUCACCUAACUUGAUUGACAUAAAUGAUUCACACGAAUAUACACCUUUUCAAAAGCCUGCAGUACUUGCGACCGAAAAGGAGGAGCAUGAGCAGCCUGAUUUCCUGAGUACACCUGAGAUACGAACUCCUAUGGUCGAUCCACCUACCCCUGAAGUUGAACCCACUCCUACCAACUCACCAUCUCCAAAUCAGACCCAGUCAAGGUUUACUAAUACGAGUCAUGAAGUGAAUUCUAACAAAGGAACAGGAGCCAGCCGGCAGAGUUCGAGCCAUAGUACAAAUAGGCAACAACCUGAAACUUCAAGGGCAUCACUAAAUAAAAACUCAUCGGCAUCUUCUCAAAACAUUUUAAAGAAGCAGGCUUCUGACGGAAGAUCGUUAUCUGGGAGCAGCACUAUCUCAGAUACAGUUCCAGGGAGAAACAUUACACCAAAUAAAGAUUCCGCGAAAAAGAAGCGCAGGAGCCUUUUUUCGUUUUUGAAAAGGAAACCACAAAAAUCUGCUUCUUUCGUGGUACCCAGCCAAACAACAAGCCAAAUCUUACCAACGUCCUCUACGUUUUCAGUUGCGAAACAAACGGAAACAGAUGACUACUACGAACCUAAUAGGCUGACUAAAAAAUCGUAUAGCAGUGGAAGUCUUUUUGGUAAUUUUAGGAAGAACAAAGACACUGGAGAAGAGACUGUUGAUCAGUCUCUUGUGCUUCCGAAGCAAAGGAAACCACUUUCACAGAAGCUACCAUCAGAUUCCGGACCAUCUACGAAAAGUGAAAUCCAAAAGCGAAAACCUACACCCUUAGAUUUCGAGCAAACCAUUCAGAAGGAGGUUCCGUCGACUAUUGUGCCAGAAGCUGAUUCCGAGUUAAUUAAAGUUGAGCAAUCCGGUGAAAACCGAUCUAGGAUUGAUUCUGGGGAAGCUUUGUUCCCUAAAUCUUUAAGUGCACAAGAAGUGGAGUCCAUUGUAUCUCUUGAACGUUCUCGUUCAUUGAAAUCCAAUAAGCGCAAUUCCCUGAGUUCACAUAGAAGAUCUCUAACAGACAACAUCUCUAUUAAUGCACACAACGAAGGCAUGUUCGUUACUGAAGCUUCAAAUGCGGUUAUUUCCACACCUGAUUGGAGUAAAUCACCUACUAGUAGCAUUCUGAGGAAUGGUGCCUUCGAGUCAAUUGAUGGGUCGCCAUCCAGAGCUUUUGUUGUUGAGGAAUCUGACGAAGUUGGAGAGACUGUAACAAAAGAUUCGUUGCAAGAUAAAGAGGUCUCAUUAAACUCACUGGAAGAAAAGAUGAGGAACACUACAAUUGAAUCGCAUCCUCAUGAUCAGACAUCGAAUGAAAAAAGAGAAAAUUCCACGUUUUUAACCGAUCCUGAAGACUCUGAAUUCAUGUCCGAUAUAAUGGAAUUUGCAAGUAUCAUUGAUUUUGGAGAGGGAUUGGAUCUAAGUUUUGAUUCAAAUCCUUCAGAGCUCAAAUAUGAAACUCUAAAUCCAUCCUCACAAAAGCAUGCUUAUUCGAUGCAUCAAGCGGAUCCUGUGUCGAAGGAAACAUUUGACUUUGAAACCUCGCAAUCGAAAGGACAUCACGCAAAAUUGGAACCGGAACCAGCGACUAAACCAAUUGAUCGUAACUUCCAAAAUAACACAGAAACUUCAUUUCAUUCGAAUUAUGACAGCAGUUUUAAAGAAGAUUUGGAUGAUGAUGACGACAACUACGAUGAAUUUGAAGGGGAAGAUUUCAAUCAGUUGGAAGACACCAUUCCCUCACCGUCAAUCAAUGGAUUUAUGCCAGCAUCCCAGACAGGCAUAGGAAGGCCCCUCUCUCUCUCUUUCAGGGGUCUUAGGGCUCCACAAUUCAACAGCUCCACGGAUGUUACACCUAAUGGUCUACAGUCAACUGUUUUAAAAUCGUCCAGCUUCGAUACCAAUAAAAAAGCCGUUACAUUUUCCUCGAGAAUUAUUCUAUAUGACACAUACAAUGAAGAAGAGUACAACAGACACCCAGAUAUUGCGACAUGUAAUCAAUUAACUCCCCAAUUAGCUCAGAUGAUCAAAGAAGAGUUGAAUAGCUUAAAGUCUGAAAUGGAAAUCCACGAGGAUUCUAGAUGCUACACACAUUUUCUUUGA